GUUACAUACACCAUUGUAUCAUGGUGUAGAUAUUUCUGAUUGUAAUGCAAUAAACGGGAUAGCCAUUUUCAGUAGAGCAGUAGAGUUUCAAUAUAUCAUUCUGACAAUUUUAUCGAUUUUUGAGAUUAAUUGGAUGAAUCUUAUGAUUUUUUGAUCGACGUUAAAUGUGUUGACUGUCGACAUGGACAGUCAGGUAUGUGGAGAUGGUAGGUUGAUAGAUGUAAUUGAUGAGAGCUGGCGCAAGGAACGCUUACCUAUCGACGAUAUUUCAACGCCAGUGGCUGAAUUGCCAGAUCCUGAGAGUGAUAACGGAGAUUCUCACAUGACAUUGAAGGAAUUGGAGCAAAAGUGGAAUAAUCUAGCUUUGAGUUCUCUCAGUGACAAUCAUCUGCAUUCCCCGACACCUCUGCACAAUUGAACAUUGUCGCUCAAGUUUG